AUGGGUGUUACUCGUGCCUCGAAGGAGUCGUGGUUCGUCAAGCUGAACGACCUGCUUGACACCUACCCGUCGAUUUUCGUCGUGAACAUCGACAACGUCACCUCGCAGCAGAUGCACCAGAUCCGUCAGGCUCUGCGUGGUGAGGCCACCGUGCUCAUGGGUAAGAACACCAUGGUGCGCCGUGCUCUCCGCCAGGUGAUCCAGGAACGCCCUGAGUAUGAGCGUCUCCUGCCGUUCGUCCGCGGCAACGUUGGUUUCGUGUUCACUUCGGGUGACCUGAAGGAGGUGCGUACUAAGAUUCUGGACAACCGUGUGGCUGCUCCUGCCCGUGCUGGUGCCUACGCUCCGGUCGACAUCUUCGUGCCGGCUGGUAACACUGGUAUGGAGCCGGGUAAGACCUCGUUCUUCCAGGCCCUCGGUGUCCCGACCAAGAUUGCCCGUGGUACCAUUGAGAUUGUCUCGGACGUCAAGGUCGUGGAGGCUGGUAACCGUGUCGGUCAGUCGGAGGCUACGCUGUUGAACUUGCUCAACAUCUCGCCGUUCACCUACGGUAUGACUGUCGUCCAGAUCUACGACAACGGUAACACGUUCGGCAGCGAUGUGCUCGACGUGAGCGAGGACGAGCUUGUUGGCCGCUUUGCUCUCGGUAUCAAGCAGGUUGCCUCGAUCUCGCUGGCCCUCAACUACCCGACCAUCGCCUCGGUGAUGCACUCGCUCGUCAACUCGUACAAGAACGUGCUUGCUCUCUCGCUUGCCACCGACUACGAGUUUGAGGGCUCGGCUAAGCUCAAGGAGAUGCUCGCCAACCCUGAGGCCUUUGCCGCUGUGGCUGCUGCUGCUGCCCCGGUUGCCGCCGAUGCUGCUCCGGCCGCUGAGGAGGCUAAGGAGGAGGAGAAGGAGGAGUCCGAUGACGACAUGGGCUUCGGUCUCUUUGACUAA